CUUCCGGUCUAUUUGUUGUUUACAUUGGUUUCCGAUAAAUUUUAUUAAAAUAAUGUCUCACAGAAAUUAGCUUCACUAUACUUUGAAUGAAAUAGCUACUUCAUGAUUCAUUUAAAUCCAUCCGAUUUGUAGACUUCAAAAUAAUGACGGACGGUUCUAUUACAAAAAGUUUGCUGAAGUUAAGGAGUGGAGAGUUUGACCUUGAAAGUAUUCAUACAGUUGGUCUGAAAGAUCAUGAGAUCAGUGACCUUGGCUGUAUAGGAGAAUGUACCUCAUUGCAAAGAUUGGAUCUAUCAUAUAAUGGUCUGACCAAGUUACACAAACUAGCUGGUCUAGAAAGCCUACAAUAUUUGAACCUUUCUGCAAACAGAAUUUCUUCUCUAGAAGGGUUACAAGUGUUAGACAAUCUGGAGAAAUUGAAUUUAGCUGGAAAUCUAAUUGGAGGGAUUGAUUCUCUGCGUUGCCUGACCAGCUUAGAGAAGUUGACAAGUUUACGUUUACGUGACAACACUAAGGGCUUGUCAAAUCCUGUAUGUAUGAACAGUAACUAUGUAUCGGAUGUAUGUGCAAUGUUUCCAAAUCUACUCACUCUGGAUGGUGAAAGAUUAAAAGGCAGAGGUAGCGAUGUAUUCAGAAUAUUGCGGGAAAUUGAUACAGCCCUUGCAAACAGGACAGACAUGGAGAACUCGAGGGAAUAUGCAGUUGAACCUUGGGUACCAGAAGAUUAUUGGCAGCCAUCUUUAAAAUUUGAGCAGUCUAUGCUGGGUGAUGCACAACAGCAGUUAGAAGACCUACUUGCGUCAUGUAAAAGACUGUCGGGAACAGCAGAAGAAAAGUUACAGAAACUGAAAGAAGAAACCUGACACAUCCUCAUUCUUCUAUAAUCAUGACACUGUCUUCAAAUGUCUGUGAUAAUAAUGGCAUUAAAUAGAGAACAGAAACUUUGCUGAAAUUCUGUGAAACUGUUUUACUGUCAAAUUAUUAUUACAAGGGAACUGAUUCUGUGAA